UCCUGCCAUAUUUCUCUUCUUCUUACGACCAGGGCUAGAAAGCAGAUCAGAGUUGCGCAAAGAGCUAGAGAGAGAACGCCGUCGUUUAAGGGACCGGCAAAGAAGGCAGUCUAUGAGCCAUGAGGAGAGAGAGAAGCAUCUCGCUCGACGCCGAAGAAACUAUCAAUUGCGGAGACAGAGAGCUGAAACUGCUCGGUUGUACACCCUUCCACCUCCCGUUCAAUUUGAAGAAACCUCGAGCAUUUCAACAAUUCACUCGCCCUUAAGCAAUUCUGUUUCAAGUUCAAGUCCUCAGUUUAAUGCUGCUGCUGUUGUGGAUCCCAAUCAUGGUCACGAUAGACUAAUGCUGGAUACGAGAAGCUCCCAGAGUUUGGAAAUCCCUGCUCAUAAGUUACAUAUUCUGCCCGGUAAGCUACGCUUGAAUCGCAUAAAACAUCUGGCACGAGCAAAAAAUGACACUGUUUGUAACGGGCUUGCAAUUGGAGGGAUGAUGAAGGAAUACGGAAUUUCCAAUUGUUUAGUAUCGAAAAGAUUACGACUAAGCCGUAUUAAAAGCAUCGCUCGGUCAGUAAAUCCUAUUGUGCAAGAGACUUAUAGUCAAAACCAUCAAAGCAUAACAGAAGGUAAGAUUGUAUAUGUAUGUUCUUCAGUCUGUACCAUGGCAUAAAAAAGUGCAUUUUUCUGUGGUAAAUGUUUUUGAUUUCAUGAUUCAUUCUUUUAUGUUGCUGAAAUGAAUCAGCUUUGGGGAGAAACUCAUUUGAGAAGGCAUAGUGUAUGUAUA